GCGCCCCGUCCUCCGGCGCGCCCUAUGGCAGAGCUCGUAGGCGGUCCUCAGCAACCGCCGAGUAGUUGUUGACCAACAGACGGCGGGGCUGUCAAACAGACGGUUAGUUGAACCAAUAGGAGCGUAGGGCGGGCAUGCCUAUGAUUGGCGGUUUCCUUCCUCCAGUGAAAACUGGGGGCGUGGGUGGGCGGAGCCGGAAGUAGAGCCCAGUCGAGUGGCCCUGUCCGGCUGGGGCGGAGGGAAAGGAGGAGGGGACUAAGGGAGGAGGAGGAGGAGGUUAGCUAAGGCAGCGGCGGCGGCAGCGGCGGCGGCGGCGGCGGCGCAGGGGCUGGGUACGCGCUGGGCGGCGAGAGCCUCAUGGCGGAGGAAGAGAGCGACCAAGAGGCCGAACGCCUCGGAGAAGAGCUCGUGGCCAUUGUGGAGUCCCCCCCGGGCCCGGUGGGGCUCAUAGCUGCGGGCGACGGCAGAGGGGAAGCCAGCGGCAGCGGCGGCGGCGGUGGCGGUGGCGGCAGCGUCGGGAUCAGCAGCCGGGAUUACUGCCGACGCUUCUGUCAGGUGGUUGAAGACUACGCUGGCCGUUGGCAGGUCCCAUUGCCGCAGCUGCAGGUUCUUCAGACUGCACUUGGCUGUUUCACGGCAGCCAGCGCCUCGUUCCCAGAUGAAUGCGAGCAUGUACAGUAUGUUCUGAGUAGUCUUGCUGUGAGUUUCUUUGAGUUGCUCCUGUUCUUUGGAAGAGAUGAGUUUUAUGAAGAACCCUUAAAGGAUAUUCUUGGCUCAUUCCAGGUUCAGAGGUUCAGUCCAAUAUCAUCAAGGUGGGAGCAUGGCAGCAUCCAAGCAGGCAUGAUGCAGGAGGAGCUGAGAGAGGGUUCUACAUCUUCAUCUGAAGACUACCAGGAGAAGAUUGGCUCCCAAAUGGAAUGCCAGAACCACCUCCGCAGAUAUGGAAAUGUGAAUCUGGAACUGGUGACUCGAAUCAUUAAAGAUGGUGGCCCAUGGGAAGAUCCAGUGUUGCAAGCUGUUCUUAAAGCCCAACCGGCAUCUCAGGAGAUAGUGAACAAAUACUUAAGUUCUGAAAAUCCACUGUUCUUUGAACUACGUGCCAGAUACCUAAUUGCCUGUGAACGCAUACCUGAAGCAAUGGCUCUUAUUAAAUCUUGUAUAAAUCACCCUGAAAUCAGUAAAGACUUAUACUUCCAUCAAGCACUCUUCACCUGCCUGUUUAUGUCACCUGUAGAAGAUCAGUUAUUCCGGGAGCAUUUGUUGAAAACUGACUGUAAGAGUGGAAUUGAUAUCAUCUGUAACACUGAAAAAGAAGGCAAGACUCUGCUAGCCUUACAACUCUGUGAGUCCUUUCUCAUUCCGCAGCUCCAGAAUGGGGACAUGUACUACAUAUGGGAGUUGAUUUUCCUAUGGAGUAAACUACAGCUUAAAUCUAAUCCUUCAAAACAAGUGUUUGUAGAUCAAUGUUACCAACUUUUAAGAACAGCAACUAAUGUGAGAGUCAUAUUUCCUUUUAUGAAAAUCAUUAAAGAUGAGGUUGAAGAAGAAGGCCUACAAAUUUGUGUUGAGAUAUGUGGUUGUGCUCUCCAGCUUGAUCUCCAUGAUGAUCCUGAAACUAAAUGUCUAAUUUAUAAAACAAUUGCACAUUUUUUGCCAAAUGAUCUAGAGAUUGUCAGGGUUUGUGCUCUGUCAGUAUUUUUUCUUGAGCGUUCCUUAGAUGCCUACCACACCGUUGAAGAGCUUUAUAGACGUCCGGAUGAAGAGUAUAGUGAAGGCAUGAGUACUGUUCAAAAUCGUGUUCGUUUUGAAUUACUUCCAAUUUUGAAAAAGGGAUUGUUUUUUGAUCCUGAGUUUUGGAACUUCGUAAUGAUUAAGAAAAACUGUGUGGCAUUACUGCGUGAUAAAUCAGCAGUGAAACUUCUAAAUGAAAAUACACUGGAAAAUUCUGCAGGUAGUUUAAAAAAGAGAGUGGAACAGCAGAGUGUGGAAGAAGGGCUUGACACACUCACAGAUCAGAGCACUGGAGAGACUGAUGAUGCAUCUGGAGUGCAGCCUAAAGGACAGGCUAAUUUGAAGAGAAGCCUCUCUGCUCUUAACUCUUCCAAAGUGGAUCAUAGUGUCCCAAGGCAUCGGUGCGUGCUAUGCAACAAGGAAUUUCUUGGUGGCCACAUUGUAAGGCAUGCCCAGGCUCACCAGAAAAAAGGCAGUUUCUCAUGUGUGAUAUGUGGUAGGAAAUUUAGGAACAGAGGACUUAUGCAGAAGCAUUUAAAAAAUCAUGUUAAGAAGAUUCAGAGACAGCAGAUUGCUACUGCACAACAGGAUGAUCCAGAAGUCAUCACUUUGGAAGAAAUAAAUGGUUCCAAAUCUUUAAUUUCCUUUGAAAAUGGGAAUUCAAAUACUAAGGAUUUAGAAAUAGAGGCAUUGACUGCUUCCAGUGAGAGAAACAAAGAGGUCAUCCGUGAACACAUGGCUGAGUUUAUUAAAAUUCCCAUUGCUAUACCAGAGAAUGCUAUGGAAAACAUUAUUGAAAAUGGCAAACCGGACACUUCUUUCAAUAAUAUCUCAGAGUCUUUACCUCAGUGUGAUGAUGACUAUGAGGAGGAAGAGAAUGAAGAUUAUGAAGAUGAUUAUGAUUUGAAUCAAGAAACAUCAGUACUUCAUAAAAUGAAUGGAACUGUGUGCCAUCCAAAAGAUGUAUAUGCUACAGACCAAGAAGGCAACUUCAAGUGUCCUGCUCUUGGCUGUGUAAGGAUAUUUAAAAGAAUUGGGUUUCUAAAUAUGCAUGCAAGGACUGUGCAUCCGACUGAUUUAAAUGUGCGGCAAACUGUAAUGAAGUGGAGCAAAGGAAAGUGUAAAUUUUGCCAAAGGCAGUUUGAGGAUUCUCAACAUUUUAUAGAUCACCUUAAUAGACACAGCUAUCCAAAUGUGUACUUUUGUUUGCAUUUCAACUGCAAUGAGUCAUUUAAGUUGCCAUUCCAGCUUGCUCAGCAUACAAAAAGUCACAGGAUAUUUCAAGCUCAGUGUAAUUUUCCUGAAUGCAAUGAGCUUUUUGAAGAUCUUCCUCUGUUAUAUGAACAUGAAGCCCAGCAUUACUUAAGCAAAACACCAGAAUCCUCUGCACAACUGAGUGAAGUGGUUCCUAACCAUCAAGAAAUAGACCCAUUUAGUAAUGAGAACCAAAUGAUUCAUCAUCCAGUUUCUACUAGUAAAUCAAGGAAACAUUCUACAGAACCAAAGACAUAUAUAGACACUAUGGAAAAGAAAUCAGAUAGUUUAGUUCAGAAUGGAAAUGAACAUUCUGAUGAUAUUGUUUCAAAUAUAAGCUUGAUAGACCAAAAGAUGCCUGCCAUAGAGCCAAAUCCUGAAAAUACUCAUGGUACCACUGACUUAGUCAAUGGACACAGUGAAAUAGAGCAAACACCAUUAGUUACAUCAGAUCCUACUCUGAAAAUAGAUAUAAACAGAAACAGGACAGAAAAUGGUUCUAUUUUACCCAAUGUUGAAUCACAAGAACACAGUGCCCUGUCAGUAUCUCAGGCACCAUCCAAACCAAAUCUUACAAGUGAACAUACUUCAUAUGGCUUAAUUUUAACAAAGCCAUUUGUCAGACCUUUGCCUCCCAGUUACCUUGAUGAACGAUACCUUAGUAUGCCAAAACGCAGAAAAUUUCUGACUGAUAUUGUAGAUGCCUGUUCUGAUCAAGAUAACAUGUAUAAAAAACCAGUGAAAAGAUUCCGAUGUGGCAAAUGCCUGACCACCUACUGUAAUGCAGAAGCACUUGAGGCUCACCUUGCACAGAAGAAAUGUCAGACACUCUUUGGAUUUGAUUCAGAUGAUGAAAGUGCCUGAUAAUGUCUCAGAACGAUCUGUUGAUCAUGCAGUAGUGUGAAAAAAAAACACUACAAGAAAAUGCAUCAUCAGCUUGCUAUUUCCCUGAUGGCCUUAAUUUUAGAGUGGUCUCGGAUUACUAAAGAAAAGACAAAGCACAUUUUCUGGAAUGAACUUGCAGAGGAGAUGUGCCAGCUUAGACUCCAAAAGGGUUAUAAAACUCCCAAAGUACCAGUUAUCCAUGAAACCACACUUUAAAAAAGUUUAUGGUGAUUAAUAGCAGCAUGUUCAGUUUUGCUUUAUGUGAAAACACAUUUGGGUAACUAGUCAGAAAUACAAACCAGCUAUGGCCUUACUGAAGAAAGGAAAAAGUUGAUCCAUUCUAAGAUGAGGUGGAGGGGAGCUGGUUUACAAUAAACAUGUAAACAUUCUGAAAAUGGAA